CAUGAGUACUGCAGAUGUGGCCAGAGCAUUAAACUGCAAUGUCUGGAAUGUAAGAUGCCUGAGACAGGAAGGACAGCUGACUGUCCUUGCAGUGGAAAAUUACAUGACCAUGUCUCCCCCACAGACACGGUAGAGAACUUGCAAAUGCCUUAGUGGAAAAGUGGGUUAACGUCUCUCAGCAAGAACUGACAAAUCUGGUGUAGUCUAUGAAUAUGAGAUGCACUGUAAUAUGCCAUACCAGAUACUGACUGACUUUGGAUAUUGAUGCCUCCCCCCUGUUCAGGGUCUCAUUAUUCCAUGUCUUUUCGUCAGAUGAAUGUGAAACUUGUUCAAUUUAUGAGUCAGCUGUUGAAUUUUUUUUUUUUAAAUUUUAAUACAAAUGUUCGCACGUUAAGAAAUUUGCUGGAAAUGAAAGCAGGUGAAUGUGAGAAGACAUUUCAUUUUUUGCUGAGUCUAUUUACAUUGGUUAUAUCACUGUACUCUUAAAGCAAACCUUGGAUUUCUACUACGAAUUAACAUGCCUUCAGGCUUCUACCUUUUAUGAAACUAUCUUUACUUUCCAAAAGGAAAAGAAAAUCUGAUGAGAUCAGACAGCAAUGUGGUCAGUAGGGAAAAGUAGAGCAAGAGAGGCAGGGGUAGCUCGGGAACAAGAAUCAGCACAAAAAUAUGCCUCCAUGAGUUGUUCAUAAUAUCAGUGAAAGUGCCUCAACUAGCAUUAACAACAUCGGGUUACAUUAGGCAGAUCUUUCACCGUAUUCAGCUAAUCGUGGCAUACAGUACAUGAUACUACAAAAAUCCAUAACACUUAUUUAGAGAUGUUUAUUUAGCAUUUAUUUAAAAUAAAUGGGUGUAAUGUUCUUUAAUAAAUAAAAAGUUGUUUGCACUGCCAAUAAGAGGAAUAAAAUACUUUGGGACGUGAUGAAAAUAAACAAUAACGUGGUGGGGUGAUGUGAUGUUCCUGUUAUCACCCCAAAGAACAGACAAACCAGACAAAUCCAGGGUCAGCAACCCAGUCCUGCUAACUCAGCAAUAUAAAUACAAAGAAAAGGCCCUAGGUCAUAGGUCAGUAAUUUAAUUACCAGUAUUCUUCAAGUUCAUGCUUACAGAUUUACACCACCUACAUGUUAAAAAGAUCAGUAGUCUUCAUGAACAGAGACCAGAGCUGUUUGUUCUGCUACCAGAAAAUACUGCACCUUUAACAGACCCCUAAAAAGUCCGGAACUGACCUCUGGUCGGGCCAGAUAUUCCAGUGUUAAAUAAAUCAUAACAUAACAUUCUGCAUGCAACUCUCAACUUCUGCUUCUCUCUGACAUUUCAAGUGUUUAAUAGCAUUUUGCAAAGCAUUUUGGUAUCUGAAGUAACACAAUGAGUGAAACUUAACUGUCAUUUUGUCUUGAGAAACCAAGACAUAUAAUACAUGGAAAUUGUUUAUAAAACUGUUUUCUGUCUCUUGAAUGAAGUUCAUGAGGCAGAAUUCCAAUAUUUACUACACAAUAUGAUCAUCAGUGUUUUGUUCAAUAUAUAUUUGCAGUAGCAUUCCGCUUUGUGCAUGCACACAAGACCAACCAAUCAGUAGUUUCACACCUGAAGAAAAGGACUUGGACCAAUGAGUCAUGUGAUAUGUGAGUAGGUAAACUUUGUCAGCUGACUUGAAUUAGUGGCUUAAAAGGGCAGGCUUUGAACGUUUGUGUUCUUUGUGUUUUGAGGUUCUAGGAGUCAUUGGUGAAGUGAUACAACGGCAGGCUCUAAGCCUUCUGGCAGUCACCAGUUGAGUCAUUAUGUGGGGUUGCACAAGGCUCUGGUUGCUCUUCAUUGCUUUACUUCACCUAAAAGAUGUAAGGGCACUUGGAGUGUGGAGUAAAAGGCCUGCACAAGAUGGGUACAGUGUUGAUGGCAAGACAUCUCUGGAUCAGCUGCAGGAAACCGCGUCCUUUCCUGAUGGAGCCCAAACUUCCACAGCCUUGAGGGAUGAAGGUGAAACCAAUGCUGGAGUUCUGCAAACUAGGAUAGAUUUAUGGACGGGCUUAUCUUCAUCGGAAGCCCUGACAAAUGGCUCUUUUGGUCAAUACAAGCCAGUGUUCCCAGGUUUUCAAGCUUUCCAAAAACAGAAUGUUGCUUCAGAAAGCAGAGGCUCGACUGUCUAUGGGCUUUCACAAGGGCUUGGCAGCCAGUAUGGUAGUUUCCAAACACAGCAAGACAAAAACCAAUUGAGCUCUGCCCCUGCUUUAACUUUGAACCAACAAGCCUCUGGCAUGUCUUCCAGCUCCCACACUGGUUCUCAAAGCACAAUUUCCGACUGGUUGUCCCUAGGACUUUCCAGACCCUAUGUUAGUUUCCAGACACAGCAAGGCACAAAUCAACUUGGCUCUGCUCCUGCAUUAACUGGAACUCAGCAGGUAAGUGGAGGUGCCACAACAGCUAAUGGUUCCUCCAGUUUAUCAAGCCCCUACGUUGGUUCUCAAAGCUCCACUGGCUAUGGGCUAUCUCAAGGGCUUGCAAGCCAGUAUGGUGGUGGUCAAUCAAGCCCUGCCCCUGCCAUUGUGACCCAACAGGCCUCUGGGAGUGCUGUCUCCAGUGGUUCUACGUCUAGUACUUCAAGCUCCUACAGUGGUUCUCAAAGCCGAGGCUCAACUGUCUAUGGACUGUCUCAAGGAUUUUCCAGGCCCUCUGGUAGUUUCCAGACACAGCAAGGCACAAAUCAACUUGGCUCUGCCCCCACAUUAACUGGAACUCGGCAGGCAACUGUAGCUGUCGCAACAGCUAAUGGCUCCUCCAGCUCAUCAAGCUCCUUCCAUGGUUCUCAACGCCGAGGCUCAACUGGCUAUGGGCCGUCCCAUGGGCUUGCAAGCCUGUAUGGUCGUGGUCAAUCAAGCUCUGCCCCUGCAUUAACAGUAUCCCAGCAGGCAAGUGAAGGUGCCACAACGGCUAAUGGUUCCUCCAGCUUAUCGAGCGCCUUCACUGGUUCUCCAAGCCCAACUGCCUACUGGCUGUUGCUUAGACUUUCCAGCCAAUAUGCUGGUUCCCAGGCACAGCAAGGCAAAAACCAGCUUGGCUCUGUGGCUGGAUUAAAUGUAAUUCAACAAGCCUCUGCAAGUCCAGUGUUGAAUGGUUCUACUUCUAGCACUUCAAGCUCCUUCCAUGGUUCUCAAAGCCGAGGCUCAACUGUCUAUGGACUGUCUCAAGGAUUUUCCAGCCCCUAUGGUAGUAUCCAGACACAGCAAGACACAAACCAACUGAGCUCUGCCCCUCCUUUAACUUUAACCCAACAAGCCUCCGGCAUGUCUUCCAGCUCCCACAAUGGUUCUCAAAGCCGAGGCUCAACUGUCUAUGGACUGUUUCAAGGAUUUUCCAGACCCUUUGGUAGUUUCCAGACACAGCAAGGCACAAAUCGGCAGACAACUGAAGCUGCCACAACAGCGAAUGGUUCCUCCACCUCCAGUUUCUCACGCUCCUUCACUAGUUCUCAAGGCCCAACUGCCUACUGGCUGGUGCUAAGACUUCCCAGCCAAUAUGCUGGUUCCCAGGCCCAGCAAGGCAUAAACCAGCUUAGCUCUGUGCCUGGAUUAAAUAUGAUUCAACAAGCCUCUGCAAGUCCAGUGUUAAAUGGUUCUACAUCUAGUACUUCAAGCUACUACAGUGGUUCUCAAGGCUCCACUGGCUAUGGACUGUUUCAAGGGCUUGGCACCCAGUAUGGUGGUCAAUCAAGCUCUGCCCCUGCCUUCGUGACCCAGCAGGCCUCUGGGAGUGCAGUGUCCAGUGGUUCUACACCUAGUACUUCAAGCUCCUUCCAUGGUUCUCCAAGCCAAAGCUCAACUGGCUAUGGGUUGUCUCAAGGGCUUGGUAGCCGCUAUAGUAGCUUUCAUACACAGCAAGACAAAAACCAACUGACCUCUGCCCCUGCUUUAACUUUGAACCAACAAGCCUCUGGCAUGUCUUUCAGCUCCCACAAUGGUUCUCAAAGCCCGUCUUCCAAUUGGCCGUCACUAGGACUUUCCAGACCCUAUGGUAGUUUCCAGAUGCAGCAAGGCACAAAUCAGCAGACAACUGAAGCUGCCACAACAGCUAAUGGUUCCUCCACCUCCAGUUUAUCAAGCCCCUACAUUGGUUCUCAAAGCUCCACUGGCUAUGGACCGUCUCAAGUGCUUGCAAGCCAGUAUGGUGGUGGUCAAUCAAGCUCUGCCCCUGCCUUCGUGACCCAGCAGGCCUCUGGGAGUGCUGUCUCCAGUGGUUCUACAUCUAGUACUUCAACCUCUUACAGUGGUUCGCAAAGCCACGGUUCAACUGUCUAUGGACUGUCUCACGGCUUUUCCAGGCCCUAUGGUAGCUUCCAAACACAGCAAGGCACAAAUCGGCAGACAACUGAAGCCGCUGCAACAGCUAAUGGCUCCUCCAGCUCAUCGAGCUCCUUCACUGGUUCUCAAAGCCCGUCUUCCAAUUGGCCUUCACUAGGAAUUUCCAGACCCUAUGUUAGUUUCCAGACACAGCAGGGCAUAAACCAGCUUGGCUCUGUGCCUGGAUUAAAUGUGAUUCAACAAGCCUCUGCAAGUGCAGCGUUAAAUGGCUCUACAUCUAGUACUUCAACCUCUUACAGUGGUUCGCAAAGCCACGGUUCAACUGUCUAUGGACUGUCUCACGGCUUUUCCAGGCCCUAUGGUAGCUUCCAAACACAGCAAGGCACAAAUCGGCAGACAACUGAAGCUGCCGCAACAGCUAAUGGCUCCUCCACCUCCAGUCUAUCAAGUUCCUACACUGGUUCCCAAAGCCAAAGUGCAACUGCCUAUGGGUCAUCUCACAGCCUUUCCAAUCUUUAUGAUGGUUUGCAUAAACGGCAUGAUGUCCAAUGGCUGAGCUCUGUCCCUGCCUUAACUGUGAACCAGCAGGCCCCUGGAAGCACCAUAACAUCCAAUGGCUCCAACACCGACGCUUCAAGUGCCUACAGUGCUCCUCAAAGCCAUAGUCUGUCUCAUGGGCUUGUUGGCAGCUCUCUCAGCGUACCGAACCAAAAUGUCCAGCAACUGGGGGCCUUCAAUCAGCUGGUUCCUUCUCCGUGGUUGGGUCAGCAAUCUUGUGAAAAGACUGUUCAGUGACUCAUCUUCCAAGAUUUCCCCCAAGCUUUUCUGGUAGUAAAAGCUCAGUGGGUCCCACCUUCCCUUGAAACCUUAUGACUUCCAGGUUACAGCUCAAAGGACUCCUGCAGUGUUCGACUUGAUGGUAAAGCAGUGUCUCUAAUUAUAGUGCUUUAUUAUAAAAUGCCUGGCUUGUCUGUCUAAAUGAUCUAUUAAAGCAUGCUUUUUGUAUUCCAUUUUUCGCCGUCUUAUUUUAGGUCUGCCUGUUCAGUGUGGUUUUGGUUAUAAAAAUGCAUUGGUUCUGCUAACUGCAUAUAAAUACUUAAAUUUGAGAAACUUUUGAAAGGUUUUGAAAAGACUGGCAAUAGUCCAGACUUUAUCUUAAUAACCAAUUUGGUUGAUCAGAUCACACAUUCAUGGUUUUUUGAAUGCCUCUAAUGGGUACUUGCAACCAUUUUGUCAGUGGCAGGAUUGCUACUCUGCCCAAACCAAGCUAGUGUUGCUUCAAAACUUCCCCUACAACACUACCUAAUACAAACAUACCAUAUUACUUUACAAGCAAGUUAUUUAUUUUAAAAAGCUGGACUCGUGAUUUAGGUCAUUAAUGAUCAGUUAGUAUAAACUGUUGUAGUCAUGCCUACUGGGUAUUGCUUUUGACUGCUUUGCCUUGUUCUAGUUGGGCCCUGGCACUUGUAUUGGGUUUCGUUCAUUUAUUUUUGUGGGUGUAUAUACUCAUCAAAAACAAGAAACGUCCCUUUUUCAGGAGCCUGUAUUUUAAA